GCGGCGGCGGCGGCGCGGGCACCGGCGCGGGCAGCGGCAUCAUGAGCGCAUCACAGAACAAUGACAAAAGACAGUUUCUCCUGGAGCGACUGCUGGACGCAGUGAAGCAGUGCCAGAUCCGCUUUGGAGGGAGAAAGGAGAUCGCCUCGGAUUCCGACAGCAGGGUGACCUGUCUGUGUGCCCAAUUUGAAGCUGUCCUGCAACAUGGCUUGAAGAGGAGUCGAGGACUGGCGCUCACAGCGGCAGCCAUCAAACAGGCCGCGGGCUUCGCCAGCAAAACCGAAACAGAGCCCGUGUUCUGGUCCUACGUGAGGGAGGUGCUCAGCAGGCACGAGCUGCAGCGCUUCUACGGCCUGCGCCACAUCGCCUCGGACGUGGGCCGCGGCCGGGCCUGGCUGCGCUGCGCCCUCAACGAACACUCGCUGGAGCGCUACCUGCACACGCUCCUGGCUGACCGCGGCAGGCUCAGCACUUUUUAUGAAGACUGGUCUUUUGUGAUGGAUGAAGAAAGAUCUAGCAUGCUUCCCACCAUGGCAGCUGGUCUGAAUUCCAUCCUCUUCGCCAUUAACAUCGACAACAAGGAUCUGAACGGGCAGAGUAAGUUUGCUCCUACCGUGUCAGACCUCUUGAAGGAGUCCACGCAGAACAUGACCUCUUUGCUGAAGGAGUCCACGCAGGGGGUGAGCAGCCUUCUCAGGGAGAUCACGGCCUCCUCCGCCGUGUCCAUCCUCAUCCGACCCGAGCAGGAGACCGACCCGCUGCCUGUAGUGUGCAGGAACGUCAGCGCAGAUGCCAGGAGUAAAAAGGAGAGGAAGAAGAAAAAGAAGGUGACCAACAUUAUCUCAUUUGAUGAUGAAGAAGAUGAGCAGAACUCUGGGGACGUUUUUAAAAAGAUUCCUGGGGCAGGGGAGAGCUCCGAGGAGAACUCCGACCGCUCCUCGAUCAACAUCAUGUCCGCCUUUGAAAGCCCCUUUGGGCCAAAUUCCAAUGGGAGCCAGAGCAGCAACUCAUGGAAAAUUGAUUCUGUGUCUCUGAAUGGGGAGUUCGGGUACCAGAAGCUUGAUGUGAAGAGCAUCGAUGACGAAGACGCGGACGACAAUGAAGACGACGUGUACAGAAACUCAUCCGGGAGGAAGCGCGCCAGCCACUCGGAGUCGCCUGAGAAGCCCCUGGAUGGGAACAGCUGCCUCUCCCAGAUGCACGGCUGGGCUCCGCUGCAGGUGCUGCACGGUGAUGCUGACGUCCUCUUCCCGGUCAGCGGCGUGGGCUCCUACAGCCCAGCAGAUGUCCCCCUGGGAAGCCUGGAGAACGGGACGGGCCCGGAGGAUCACGUCGUGCCGGAGCCUGGCCUUCGGUUCAGCGUGGAAGCCGGCUCUCCAGGCCACGGAAGUCCGCUGAGCAGCCUGCUACCCGCUGCCUCGGUGCCGGAGUCGAUGACAGUCAGUGAACUGCGCCAAGCCAUCGUGGCCAUGAUGAAUCGGAAGGAUGAGCUGGAAGAAGAGAACAGAUCUCUGCGGAGUCUGCUGGAUGGUGAGAUGGAGCACUCGGCUGCACUCCGGCAAGAGGUGGAUGCCUUGAAAAAGAAGGUGGAGGAACAGGAGGAGCGACAUACCACGAAGGUGCAGGCCUUGGCCAGAGAGAACGAGGUGCUCAAAGUCCAGCUGAAGAAAUACGUAGGAGCUGUCCAGAUGCUGAAAAGAGAAGGUCAAACGGCUGAAGUUGUGCCGAAUCUUUGGAGUGUUGAUGGGGACGUCCCGGUCGCGGCACAGAAGCCGGGGGAAGCUACUGAAGAGCUGGCGAGCUCCUACGAGCGGAAGCUCAUUGAGGUGGCGGAGAUGCACGGCGAGCUGAUCGAGUUCAACGAGCGCCUGCACAGGGCCCUGGUGGCCAAGGAAGCCCUCGUGUCCCAGAUGAGGCAGGAGCUCAUCGAUCUCCGGGGGCCGGUGCCUGGAGAUUUGAGUCAAACCUCUGAAGACCAGAGCUUGUCGGAUUUUGAAAUAUCCAACCGGGCGCUGAUCAACGUGUGGAUCCCCUCGGUGUUCCUCCGGGGCAAGGCAGCGAACGCGUUCCACGUGUACCAGGUCUACAUCCGGAUCAAGGACGACGAGUGGAACGUGUACCGGAGGUACACGGAGUUCCGGAGCUUGCACCACAAGCUGCAGAACGCCUACCCUCAAGUGCGGGCCUACAACUUCCCACCCAAGAAGGCCAUCGGAAACAAGGAUGCCAAGUUCGUGGAGGAACGAAGAAAACAGCUGCAGAGUUACCUGCGCAGCGUCAUGAACAAAGUCAUCCAGGCGGUCCCCGAGUUUGCUGCCAGCCCCAAGAAGGAGACGCUGAUCCAGCUCAUGCCCUUCUUCGUGGACAUCGCCCCGCCCGGAGAGCCCCUCAGCAACAGCCGGCCCAGAGUGGCUUCCCGCUUCCCCAAGCUGUCCCGGGGCCAUCCCAGGGAGACGCGCAACGUGGAACCCCAGAGCGGCGACCUCUGACCUCAGCAAGACCCCAGAUGUGGGCCCAAAUCCUGCGCCAGGUGCCUCCGACCCGGCCAUGGCUGCCGACCCCUCACUCCCUGGAGCAACGUCACGGCCACCACCGGAUCCCGCAGGGCACCCCUCCUCACGGGCCGCGGGCCACUCCGAUUAAACUGGUCAGUCUCGGAGCCGGGCAGCCUCUCGCUGGACUGGGGCAGGCCGGCGCUGCGCCCCAGGGUCUGCCCUGGGCACCCGUGGCCCUUCCUCCGGCUCAGGGGCCAGGCAGAGAGGGGGUUCCCGGCUGGGCCAGGAGCCCCUUCGUCGACAUGCACAGUGCGAACCUUUCACAGGGACAGAGGGCCGGCCCGAAUCGGCCACCCGACGCCUUCCCACAUGGGAACCAGAAUGACCCUCAGCCCGUCUCCCUCUGGCUGCACCCUGCGGACUUCCCCCGCCCACCUGGGCCCUGCCACGGCCCCCAGCCCUCACUGGUACUGAACUUGCGCUCCUGGGGAAGCCCCCUCCCUGGCCGGCUACAGCCGCCCCUGCAGCUUGUCGGGCAUGGGGAGGCUCAGGUACCUGGUGACACGGCAGAGACCCUGGGCCACACGCACAGCAGUAGCCUUGGGCGCAGGCUCGAGGGAGAUCUGGCCCCGAGCGCCCCGCCGACGGCACCACAGCAGUAGACGCCGAGACGCAGCUCCCACUCCGCACGGGGGCCCCUGCAGUCACCCGUUCCCGACACACCCUCUGCCCCCAGCGUGCUGUGCUCAGGGGGCAGAUCCCUGUGUCCCCGAGGUUGCUCCCGUGUCAUGGCAGGGCCUUGCAGGCACAGGGUGAGGACCCCGAGCCCCGCCUCUUGUGAGCCGUGUCAGUUGGGUCCUGGGACCCAGCCAGUGACCAGCUUAACCUCCAGGCCCACGGAGAUGCCCCCCCCCCGCCCCGCCCCGAGGGCUAAGAGCCCUGUAGCAGCAGAGCUCAGGCACAGCGCGGGUGCAGUUCCGAGAUGAUCGUGGAGAAUAAGGCCAGCCUGCACCUUGCGCCUGGUCCCCUGCCUGGGGCAGAGGCGGACGCAAGGAUGUCCACACGGGGAAGGCACGGAGGGUUCCAUGGGAGCGGUUUCGGCUCAGUGGCUCAAACUGGGCACUUGGCCCUAGUGAGCAUGGAGCCUUUCCCAGCUAGGGAUGAGCUGACCCCCACGAGGAACAGGCCUGAGCCCGGGCCAGGUGAGGCUGAUGGCGCCUGACAGGAGUGCGGGGAUGGCCUGCAGCUCCCAGGACCCGAGACCACCGGGCCCAGGAGGCAGCGCAGCCCCACUGUGCGCUCACUUCUCCUGGCUGCUCUGGCUGAGCUCCUGGACCUUCCCAAGUUGGGCCGUCGUCACGGAGCGGGCCUGCACUGCCCACGCGCCUGUCCCUGCUCUACCUCCCUGUGCAGGGCACUGUCCCCUGUCCUGUCCCCAGUCCCCUUCCUAGCCCAUGAGGCAAUGAGCCCGGUGCAAAUCCUCACCCUCCCCAGCCGCCCCCAGGAACCUUCCUGGCGUCCUGCACAGAGUCCAGCAAAAAAAAGAGGGGGCUGACAUCCAACCCACAGCCUCUGAGAAUGGGCGCCCCUGGGCUCAUCCCAGAACUCCUGCCUGCCCAUUUUUAAAGCCUCCUCACUCACAGAACAGCUGCCCUGCCCUCCACACAGACUGAACACGCCUCCCCAGGGCCACCUGCCGGCUCUGCCCCGUCUCGUGACCGUGCACUGCAAGCCACCUCGGGUCACCCCCCAUCACUCAGCGUCCCUCACGUGAGAGCCCGGAGCCGCCCAUGACACACCAGUUCCAGAACCUUCCCCAGAGCCUCCAGUGGAGCCACAUGGGAUGCUUGGCCAUGGCUGUGCGCUGCUCGUAGCCAACCCGCCUGCCCGCCCCACCCUCUGGUGCCAAGGGCAGGCUUCAGCCCAAGACUUCCGAGGCCUGGAGAAGAACCAGACGGGACCUGGAUCCCAUCAUGCCACUGCCAGGGGAGGCACCGAGAGCUGCCCUCCAGCCUGGACCCAGCGCCAAGGGCUGGCCGCCCUGGUCCUCUGAGCUGUCGCCCAGGAAGGACCUGCUGGAGCUCACAUCCACCUCCUUGAGCAGGGAAGAACCUCUGGGGCCUCCAAGAGGGGAAGCCAGGGGGUCCGCCUCCCUUGCCAAGGCCGUGCAAGUCUAGGACCCCUGCCGCGAGCAGACGCUCAGGCUGGGUCCUUGCGAGGAAGGGGCCCUGCCUGCUCAGGGUCUGGGGGUGCCAACACAGACCCUGGCCUUGAGGUCCACCGUCAUCUCCUUUCUCACCACUGCUCCGGGUGAAGCCAAACUCAGGACAGGGCUGGGUGGCGGCGUCUCCCCUUGAAAGAGAGGAUCAAGUUUCCAAGUACGGACCCAGCGGAGAGACACGGCUCCUGCCCUGGGCAAGAAUCCCCUUGGUCCUUUUUCCAGUGGGGCUGACCCCGCCUGCACAGCCACUUCCAGCUCAGUCCCGUCUCGUCACAGGCCCACGCUGCUGGCCGUGGGUACAGGCUACCAGCCCGGGGGAGAGGAGGAAGCACCCCGCAGGAGGCUGGCUUAGUGCAGGUGAGUGGUGGCCUCUCCCGGGGGCCUCCCGGCUGCCCAGGAAGCCUGGAGCAGAUACAGCGCCUGGCGCCUCCUAACACAAGUUCCUUGGCAGCACUGAGAUCUCAGGACAGCGCACGCCGUGUGUUGGGCCUUUAACCAGCAGAGGCAACCGCAGGCCACUUGUCCACCCCUGGCUGACACAGCUGCAGUGCGGGCUGCCCGGCCCUGGGCACUGGAGGCCCCCUCGUCACUGCCCAGGUGAGGAGAGCACCGGGGCCGAGGGGCAGCCCCCAGACACAGGGCUGGCCCUGGGGGUCCCAGCAGGCCCCCUCUCUGGUGCCCACUGCACAGCUUCCUCCAUGCCAGGCCUGGUUUCUCUGCACUGGCCCCGCCCCACGUUACUGACGGCAAAGCCAGGGCUGCACUGCCAGCCCUUGGGACCUGCCCGUCACACCGGCCCAGAGGCCCCAGGCACUCAUCGUCGGACUUCUUCCCAGGGUUCUGCUCUGGCCCUUUUACCCCAGCCUGGAGGCCCGUGCCUGUGCGCCAGUGAGGUCUGUGGUCAUGGACGUUUGUAGGAAGACUGUGCUAUUUCCCUACAGCCCAUGUUAUACCGUGCUGUCUACACUGGCUUCUGUGCUCGUUUUGCACAGGUAGUGUACUGUGUGUUGCAUCUCAAGUCUCUGUGCCAAGACGUUCCCUUCAAUGUUUCGGUCACGCCCAGUCUUGAUAAUGUUUCUCCAAGAAAACCCGAGCUGCUGGGUCACCGGGGCAGGGCUCAGCACCGGGGUCUCGGAGCCUUGGGCAGGCCAUGGGCCACUGGAAUGCAGCUGACCUGUUCAUCUCACACUCCUUGUUUUAGCUGUGAGCCAUCGCCGUGUCCUGGGCCUGGUCUGGGUAGCAAGGGCUACAUGCUGUCACAGGUCCCCUCUCCCCCUGAAUCCUAACAAGCGGGUAGGAAGGGCUCCCUGCCAUCCGAGGUUUCGGAGACGGCAAACCACAGAUCUGUUCUCUAAAAGGUGGCUGGGUGGACGCUGGGGGCCCUGCUGCUGAGGGCCACGCCCGGCUCCCACUGGUGCAUCAACGUCUUCCGCUGCAGCUGUGCCUCUUGGAAGUGCUGGGGGGAAAGGCCUCCCCUCACCAGUGCAGGUGCUCUGGCUAUCAGAGUGGGACCACCAGGGGCGCCCUUGUACGGAGGACACAGGAGGGCAGAUGGCACACCUGCAGCGUGGGCUUGGGGAGGGGGACUGCCUGCCGUGGGCACAGCGGGGAUGCUAACUCAAGUAGCCUCUGCACCCCCAGCCCUGCCCUCCGACACUCCGUGCCCGUGGGCGUCGUCACCACCCCGCCAGUCCCCGGCACCCCCUGGGAGGGCAGACGUGCAGAUGGCAGUGGGCGCUGUAGGAUUAUCCUAACCACCCUUUUGCGUUAAGGUUUACAGGACAGAAUUUUUAAACAAAUGUGUUUAAUUUUCUAAAACCUCUUGUAUUAAAAUUUUCUUUUGGAAUAAGCUGUGGCAAUUUUGUUACAAUCUGGUUUAGAUAAACUUUACGAUGACAAAAUUAAUACAGUGACAUUUUAUAAAUUAUG